AUGAGUCGGGCUACUCGUCAACUGUUGGGGAUUCUCCUUGCAGCUUCCGUCUUACUCUUGCUAUACCGGUACCACCGCACAAACAUCGAGGAUGUUCAGCCCCCAAAUUCUGCAUCUACUGUCCAGGAUACAUCCGAACACCAGUCAAACGACGAAGAGAACCCACAUUCCUUCUGGAGCACUCUGCCUGUGCGAUUCCCAGUUGCCGAGACCCAGCCUCUCCCAGUGGGACUGCCCACGCUACCCAAGAUCCAAUCAGUAGACUCGAAAUUAUCUCACUUCACAUUAUGGCAUCAGAGCAGCAGACAACUAGCCGUGAAGAACGCCUUCGAACGAUGCUGGAAAUCAUAUGAGGCUCUUGCCUGGUCGACAGAUGAGCUUGCGCCGCUCAGUGGUGCUCACAUAAACGGUCUUGGUGGAUGGGGUGCGACAUUGGUGGACAAUCUCGAUACAUUGUGGAUCAUGGGAAUGCGUGACGACUUUGAGAAGGUCGUGGCCACAGUCACAAAGAUUGACUUUCAAGAUACCGCAUCGCCCGAAAUCAACACCCAUGAGGUUAACACACGUCUUCUCGGAGGCUUGUUGGCAGCGUACGAUCUCAGCGGUGAUCUCAGGUUACGUAAAAAAGCUACUGAACUAGGCGACAUGCUCUAUGCUGCUUUCGAUACCCCAAAUAGGAUGCCAAUCAUCCAUUGGGACUCUCACAGGGCUGCUCGACAGGAAGAGCAGAUUGCCGAGGAAGGGAUUCUCGCAGCGGAGCUAGGUUCUUUUACCUUGGAGUUUAUCAGGCUGUCCCAGGUCACGGGCGAUCCAAAAUAUUUUGACGCCGCCCAGCGAGUCAUGGAAAUAUUUGAUAGACAGCAGGAUUCUACUAAGCUUGCAGGCCUGUGGCCCGUCUCUGUGAAUCCCAAAGCGGAGCUCUUCGAUGGCGAUAUGUUCACACUGGGCAAAGAAGCAAAUUCGCUGUAUAAGUCGCUUCCUGGGGCAUAUGCCCUUCUUGGAGGCAACGUGCCGAUGUAUCGCAAGAUGUACGAAAAAGCGACAUUCACAGCCGCGAGCCACAAUCUUUUCCGACCAAUGAAUCCAGAGGAAAAGGACAUACUCACAGCAGGCAUUGUUCGAGUAUUCACAUCGCAAAAUGGAAAGCCACGCACACACUUGGAAUCACAAGUACAAUACCGGUCCUGUUUUGCAGGUGGUAUGUUUGCACUAGGAGGUGCACUGUUCAAAAUUCCCACGCACAAGAAAAUCGCACACAAACUGGUCGACGGUUGCAUCUGGGCGCAUGAAACCAUGCCCUUGGGCAUCAUGCCAGAAGUCUACGAUACAGUCCCUUGCGCAUCACAGACAAACUGCCCAUGGAACGAGUGGCACUGGAAACAGGAAGUGUGGAAACGAGCGCAAAACCUACAGCUCGAGCCAGAUACAUAUCUCAAUGUGGAUGCUUUCAUCAAAGAUCAUCAUCUGCCUAGGGGGUUCAUCAGUAUCCCAGAUACCGCUUACAAUCUGCGACCGGAGGCAAUUGAGAGUAUUUUUACCCUUUAUCGGAUCACUGGCCGUGAGGACUUGCUUGAUAUGGCUUGGAAUAUGUUCCAGGCAAUUCAGAAUGCCACUCAGGUGGAAAAUGGCAACACUGCUAUCAUUGAUGUUACCGUCGACAGAGAGCCGAUCCGCGUGGACUUUAUGCCAAGCUUCUGGAUGUCGCAGACUCUAAAAUAUUUCUAUCUUAUGUUCAGCUCGCCUGAUCUGAUUAGUCUGGAUGACUUUGUGUUCAGUGCCGGAGGGCACCCGCUGAAACUCCCCACAGUAUCAUGGUCAGAGUCUAAGCUGUGA